AUGGGUGAAUACUCGAAAGCACUUGAAUUUCACGAAAAAGCAAAUAAAAUCAAUCAACAAUCGCUUCCUCCAAAUCAUCCUCAUAUAGCGUCUGAUUAUAAUAAUAUCGGUCUAGUGUAUAACGGUAUGGGUGAUUACUCGAAAGCACUUGAAUUUUACGAAAAAUCAUUGAAAAUAGGAGAAAUAUCUCUGCCUUCUAAUCAUCCUGGUUUGGCUACUUCCUACAACAACAUCGGUGGAGUAUAUGACAACAUCGGUGAAUAUACGAAAGCACUUGAAUUUUACGAAAAAGAUCUCGAAAUAACGAAGAAAGCUUUGCCUGAGAAUCAUCCAGAUUUGGCUAUUUCCUACAACAACAUCGGUCUAGUGUAUAAAAACAUGGGUGAAUACUCGACAGCACUUUUCUAUCUAGAAAAAGCACUUGCUAUUCGACGAAAGAGUCUCCCGUCAACUCAUCCAAGUAUUAAAACGGCAAUUCAUAAUAUAGAACUUGUGAAAAAGAAGUUGUAA